CUCUCUCUCUGUUUCUCUCCCUCUUUCACUGUCUCUCUGUCUCUCUCUCUCUCUCUCUCUGUCUCUCUCUCGUGUGUCAGAAGGAAACAAACAAGAGACUCCCUCCCGCAGCUCCACCUUGUGUUCCAGCAAAGGGGGUCGGAUUUAUUACCCCCAUCAGGGUGAAGCAGGGCCCAAUCAGGGUGACAAGAUGCCCGGGCUCCUGAAUCGUAUCACUGGGGCCCCCCUGCCCUUGACUGCGGCUGAGAUUAGCUCCUGUGUUAGUGGAUAUGCUCUGGGGAUGACGGCGGCUCUCACUUACACCAACCUGGAGUCUCAGCCCGUGGAAGCUCUCUUUGUGUACCCCCUCAAUGAGCACACGGUGGUGGUCGGAUUUGAAGCGGUGAUCUGCAGGCGCAUCGUCACUGUGCAAAUAAAGGACAAGGCUAAAAUGGACGAGUCCUACUACGAUUCCUGCAGCGGGAGAUUCCCAGAAGGCAACGGUCGGAUUCUGCUGGAUGAAGACUUGGAGAGGAUCAUUUUUGUAGCCAACCUUGGGAUGGUACCAACCCAGGAGAGCGUGUCCGUGUUGAUCAGUACAUCGUCUGAGCUUCCUACUCUCUCCAGUGGGGCUGUCAGGGUCCUUCUUCCGCCCGUCUGUGUUCCCAGAGUCACCAACUCCACAGUGGAAAACGGUCUCGCCUCUGUCUCUCCACUUCGACUGAGAGAGACCGGGCUCACUGGCUCCAGCAAAAAGCUCUGCCUUGCAACACUGUUGGAAACAGAAGCUGUGAAUUCCAUUGAAUAUGAACUGACUUUUCAUCUGGAGAUUCGGGCUCCAUAUCUCUUAGCAGGUGUAGAAAGCCCCACCCAUGAAAUACGUGCUGAUGCCGACCCUUCCGCUCCUUCAGCGAAGAGCAUUGUGAUCACGCUGGCCAACAAGCACACGUAUGACCGACCGGUGGAGAUCCUCAUCCAUCCCAGUGAGCCUCAUUUCCCACACAUUCUGAUGGAGGAAGGAGACAUGACCCCCGGUGAAUACGAGCAGUUCCUAAGGGGAAAGAACGACUUCAUUAGAGGCACCAGAAAGGACCCCAGUCCUGAGAAAAAGACAGAAAUAAUUCGGAAGAGACUUAUUAAGGAUAUUUGUCACAACCCGGUGGUGAUGCUGAACUUCUGCCCAGACCUUCAAGCUGCCCAUAGAGAUCUGAGCAAGGCGCAGGGGGAGUUCAUCUUCCUAUUGGAUCGCAGCGGCAGUAUGAGUGGAGUCAAUAUCUCCAGAGUCAGGGAUGCAAUGCUGGUCAUUCUGAAAAGCCUGAUGCCAACGUCUCUUUUCAACAUUAUUGGAUUCGGCUCCACGUUUAAGACACUGUUUCCCUGUAGCCAGAACUAUAAUGAGGAAAGUCUGGCCAUCGCCUGUGACAGUAUCAAGAGACUUCGAGCGGACAUGGGGGGAACCAACAUCUUAUCCCCCCUCAAAUGGAUCUUCCGACAGCCGGGGUGCAGGGGGUACCCCAGACUGCUCUUUCUGUUGACUGAUGGGGCUGUCAGUAACACCGGCAAAGUCCUUGAACUCAUCCGCCACCAUUCAUCCGUCACAAGGUGCUACAGCUUUGGAAUUGGCCAGAAUGCCUGUCGGAGGCUGGUGCAAGGUGUGGCCAGUGUAUCCAAAGGGAGCGCAGAAUUCCUAAGCGAGGGGGAGAGGCUCCAGCCAAAGAUGUUACAGUCCCUGAAGAAGUCCAUGGCUCCUGUGUUGAGCGAUGUCACAGUGGAAUGGGUAUUUCCAGAGAAUUUCGAAGUCCUGAUCUCCCCUGUCAGCUCUAGUUUUCUUUUCCCAGGUGAUCGCCUGGUGGGAUAUGUCGUUGUGUGUAACACUUCCCGUUAUCUUUCCAACCCUCAAUCGGACAAGAGGAGGAGGUACAGCAUGAUGCGCUCGCAAGAGUCCGGAAGCUCUGUCUUCUUUCAAUCGCAAGAUUCCUGCGGGAGCUCUAGGGGUCACGGUUUUGAUUUUCCUGAUGGUAAAGAGGGGGAAACAGAUGCAGAUUCUGGGUUUCAGCGCCGAGCUUACAGCACCAGUCAGAUUGCCGACCAUGAGCCUCCUCCCAAGUCUCACACCCCCAGUGAUCCCGUUACGGCCCAGGAAAGGAGUCCGAUCUGCACCGUCCAAAUCCAAGAACUCAGCUGUGUGGAUCAUGCAGAUGCCGGUGCCAGUGAAGCUCAGUCAUCCCUACCUGUCAGCCAAUUUGUCAGCACAACCAAAAUUAGUGGUGCGGGUGCCAGGUGUCCAUCCCUGCUUCAGCAAAGCUGUCUCUCAUUCUACCAUGAUGGCUUCUCCCCCCAACUGAUUCAUGAGAGCCUCCAAGCCUCCGGCACAGGACAACCCGCCACCCAGCAGGACACCUCUCUGUCCCUGAAAUCUUCUUCUGACAGUCAACCCUACAGCAGCCCAGGGGACCUUGACUGCCAUCACCCUUGUUUCACAUUUGAAACUGAAGUUGCAGUGGAGUCCAUCUCAGAACCAAAUCCCUUGAUAAAGGGCUCUACCUCCCAAUCCCAGUCUCAGUGCAAAGCGGUUGUGAGAGGGCUGAAGGGUAACCAGCCGGUGCAAUGGGAGAUCACCUUCAAUAUCCACAAGCUUUUUAGAGAGCAAGAAGACAGAGAGGAUGACGAAAGGGAUUUGUGGAAUGAGACUUUCCAUCACCUGGCCGCCAAGUCUAUUAUACGAGACUUUGAGCAACUGGCUGAGAGGGAGUGUGAAAUUGAACAUGGUUUGGGCCGGAGAUUCCAGCUGAACGCCAUAAAUGCCAGCAAAGCGUGUAACGUGAUCAGCAAGUACACGGCAUUCGUUCCUGUAGAUCUGAGCAGCAACUCCUACUUACCCAGUGUGGUUGAAUAUGCCAAUACAGGUACAGCCAUAAAGCAGGGUUCCCAGCGCAGUCUGAGUUCAGGAAGCCAACGCCUGCAGGGAUUCUCCAUUGGCCUGGGGCGCUCUCAGUCAACCUGUGCAUCGGAAUCCUCUGAUGAAAGAUUUUACAAUGUGGACGAGUCUGCGACAUCCCCUUGUACCACCCCGGUGUCCUCCGGAUGGGAGAGAUUCAGUUUCCCCCAAGUUCCACAACGCAGUCCCUCAGUCUCCUCGGCGCACUCCCAGAGAUCCAUAGAAAGCCUCUUUGCGGCCAGGAUCAGCCUCAACAAAGCCCGGCUUUUAACUAGAGCUGCAAAAGGUUUUAUGAUCAAGUCUCCGGGGAAAGGCAGCGAGGAGAGCGAAAGUGAAAAGAAUAGCGACUACUUACCGCUGGUCUCCCUACAGUUGGCUUGUGGUGCGUUCCUGCUGAAUCAAGCCUUCGCCGACGCCGCCAACAUUCCACUGGACAGACUGAAGUGGACGUCCCCUUUCAGCAGCCACCGCGCUGCCCUGAGCCCAAUGUCUCACAGCUCCUCUCCUUCCAAAAAGGAAGAGACACUCCAGGCCGGCAGUGGGCAUUUCCUGGUGCCGGAUGCCGAGUUCCACAGCAACUCGAAUGGGUUCAGAGAAGACAUUUGCCAACAGAAUCGAAUUCGACAGUUAUCAAGCAGCGCCUUGGAUAGCCCACCCCGGGCUUCCAAGGCAACAGAGAAUGAACUGUCCCUUCCAGUUUUACCUCUAAGGCGCUAUUCUUCUCCAGAGAGUGCCCAGGACUCGGCCUCCAUUCAUACAGACAGUGGACUGGGCUCAGAGUCUGACAGCAACGAGGUUCAGUCUUGGAUGGAGACCAUAGAAGAGCAACGCAAGUCCCAGCCGGAGAGCAUGGUGUGGGCCACAGCAGUAGCACUUGCCUGGCUGGAGAACAUCUCCUCUGCCUAUUUCACUGAGUGGGAGCUGCUGGCGGCCAAGGCAGACCGGUGGUUGGGCAAACAGAAGGUCCCUGAGGGGCGCACUCUGGCUGUUGUGAAGUCUGCCGCCCAGCAGUUCUUUGUGUUGCUCAGGCACUGGGAUGACAAUUUGCAGUUUGACGUCUUGUGCUACAACCCCAGCAGUGUGUAGGGAUGGGGGGCGGGGGGUGUCAAGAGUGUUGUUGUGUAAGUUGUACCAGUUGUGUCAGUGUGGGUUGGAGGUGGUGUCUCUGCAUGGAGGCUGUGAAUGUGUUUGUGUGGCUUGUGACUUGGCGCUGUGUGUUGCAGUUCAGCUCCUGUCUGGGUAAGAUUUGCGUGUAAUGUAGGAACACUACAAUAAGUGCAUUCUCCCCCUGUAUAUAAGGGAGGUAUAUCAGCUACCCCCCCCCCCCACACCAAAGGGUAGGAUGUUAGAUAAUAACUCACACCCAUUUAUUACACUGCCACACUCAUGCCUUCAUUUGCCGAUUUUCCUAGUGCAUCUGUGUUGUAACUGUCAUUUUUACCAAUGCAACUGCCAGUUUCACUAGGGCGGCUCUUUUGUUACUGUGAGUUUUGUAGAUUGCAGCCCUGCUGUAACUGUCAGUUUCUCUCGUACAGCCCAGCCAUAACUGUAGCUGUCAGUUUUUCUAAUGUAUCUCUGCCAUGACUGCCAGUUUUGUAACUGUCAGGCAUUCUAGUGGAAAACCUAUCGUGGCUAUAAGCUUUUCUAGAGCAACCUUGUUGUGUCUGUGAGUAAAUUUAUGCCAGUUCUGCUGUAGUUUCCUGAUUUUCUAACUUCUCCCUGCCAUAACUGGUCAACCAAUCAGUUGCUGUUGUACAGCCCUGCCUUGUCUGUAUAAUAAGAGAAGACUCAUAGUAACUGCCAAUAUUUCUAGUGAACCCCAGUGCUCAGUUUUUCUACCGAAUCCCUGCUAGACUGUUCAAUUCUUUCAGUGCUAGCCAGUCAUUCUAGGGGAGCCCUGCCGUAAUUCUCAGGAGUCCCUGCCAUAACUGUCAGUUUUUCCUACAGCCUUGCUGAGUCCCUGCCAUAACUGUCAGUUUUUUCUACAGCCUUGCUGAGUCCCUGCCAUAACUGUCAGUUUUUCCUACAGCCUUGCUGAGUCCCUGCCAUAACUGUCAGUUUUUCCUACAGCCUUGCUGAGUCCCUGCCAUAACUGUCAGUUUUUUCUACAGCCUUGCUGAGUCCCUGCCAUAACUGUCAGUUUUUCCUACAGCCUUGCUGAGUCCCUGCCAUAACUGUCAGUUUUUCCUACAGCCUUGCUGAGUCCCUGCCAUAACUGUCAGUUUUUUCUAUAGCCUUGCUGUAACUCUCAACUUUUCUAGUGCAGCCCUAAUGCAAUUCUCAGCUUUUCUACUGAAGGCCUGUCAGUUUUUCUAAUGCCGCCCUUCUGUAACUGUUUUUUCUUCAUUUUUUAUUCCAGUGAAGCCCUGUCAUAUUUAUUGGAGCCCUUGUAAAACUGUCAGCUUUGCUUAUGCAGCCCUGAAAAGUGUCAGCUUUUUUCUUUCUAGUUAAAGUCCAAUGGUCACUGUCAGCUUUUCACUUAACUCAUUUCUGCAGUGAUUAAGCAAUGGCGGUGGGAAUAAUGUCAGGGUGCUUGGAGCUUCAUACAGGGGUCCUGCUUCAGAAUAAUAUAGCAUAACUGGCCUGCAUAUAUACACACCCACCUUUAUUGGUUUAUUAGAAAGAAUUGGUCCCUUCUUCUUCUCCUAUUGGCUAGCCUUAACACCCAAUGAAAUAUGUGGUAUUGGGUAGUCACCCUGUGCCUGUAGAGAAAUUUGGGGAUGCUGUAUCAUUGGCACAAGUAGUUUAUCCAUUUGCUGUCAGUAUAGAUACAUCUGACCUGCACAAUAUUCUGCUUGUGAUCACAGUGUACAGUACAUGUAGUUUCAUUGUGGGAGCCUCGCUGUGUUAGUGCGCUCUGCUGUCUCUACUACAAGUUGGAAAAUUAAUUUCGAUUGGCUCUUGUCUUGUGCAGUUUAGCACCUUUGUUCAUAACUCAGCCUUCAUGUUUAGCCAAACCACAGGUCCAGUGAGGGGUUAAUGUUUCCACCAAGACCUCCUUAUGGGAAGAAUUCAGCUGGGUCUCCCUUCAGUAGUGAAAGGAGAUUGUUCCUUUUCCUUAAGGGGGAUUCAAACUACUAUGAAAGGUUUUGUGGCCCAGUGGCAGGUGCUGAAUUGCACCACUGCAGUUGCCCAGAGCAUCCAAUGAGGUCUCGCUAUAGGUGCAAUUUAGCACCUCUAUGUUAAUAAAUUAAUCUCAAAGAGCAUUUAGAGUGACUAGAGUGUACUCUUUUUGUGCGCCAUGGUCAGUGUGUGUGAACUGUAGCCCCCCAAUGUGCACCCAUGUUUCUGGGUAACGAUAGAACAACUCUAUUUGCACAUUAACUAUUCUGUUUGAACAAUAUCCCCACUAUGAGCACUCAAGUCCCAAUAUGCUCUCUCUGGGGCAAAUUCACUAAGCUCCGAAGCGCCGUACGCUAGCGUUAAUUCGCUAGCGUUUGGCAUUUUCCGUUACUUCG